CUCCUGUCCUCAUCUCCACUGCUGUUUUGCUGGGGACCCUUUUAAGUUUCGGGCAGCCAAAUAUACCUGAACUUGAGAUAGAAGAUAGGAAAACAUGCGAGGCUGGGUCGAUUAAGAAUGGGGAGUCAGGAGAAGACGUUGUUGUUGAGAAAAGUUUGAGACAUAAUGUUGAAAGACAAAGUGAGAAAAGAAGGGAUGUAGCACUGCAGGCAACGGAAGAACCGAGUUUGCCAGUAAGUAAGCUUGGUGAAAUUUGUAGAGAGGGUAGUUCAAAUGAUACUUCUUUAUUUGUUGACAAAGGAUCUUGUGGAGUUGGAUCAGAGAAUGAUAGAGUUAGGGAAGGAAAUAGAGAGGUUGGUGAUAAGAGAAGCAAGAGUAAAAGUGAAGGGAACGAAGAGAGACAUAGUGAUGGAGAGGCCAUGCCGAAUCAUUAUGCAUCUGCCCGAAAGGUGAAUGAUGAACAUGCAGGAUCAGACAAUGAGAAAUCAGAUGCAGAUUCCUUUGAUUCUGAGAUGGUGAAUGUGGAUUUGCUGGAGUCUCCUCCUCAUUCUCCUUGGAAACAUGUAGAUGACCCAGAGGAUGAGGAUGGGGAUGAGGAUGAGGAUGAGGAUGUGGAUGAUGAUGAGAGUGAGGAACAUGACGAUGCUUCGGAUUCUGGGACUGAUCAGGCUGAGAGUUCGUCUCCAGACGCCUCAGUGGCUGACAUAAUGCCAAUGCUUGAUGAGCUUCAUCCCCUUUUGGAUGAUGAUGCUCCACAGCCUGCUGAAAUGUCACGUCAUGGCUCUGAGGCAGCACGUGGACGGUCUCCACAAUCCAGUGCCAGUAGUAAUGAGUUGGAUGAUGAAACUGACAAUCAAGCAGACGAUGACAAUGAAGAUGAUGAAGCACCAGAAAAGGAAGAACUUACGAAGUCUGCCAUUACAUGGACAGAAGAGGACCAAAAGAAUCUCAUGGAUUUGGGGAGUUCUGAGAUUGAAAGGAACCAACGGUUGGAGAAUGUGAUCAUGAGGAGGAGAGCACGGAAGUAUAUGAGCAUGGUGCCAGAAAUAAACUUGAUAGACUUUGAAAGUUCUGAUUCUCCAUUCCAUAUUGCGCCCAUCACGACAACAAGACAAAACCCGUUCGAUGUUCCUAAUGAUUCUUACUACAAUUCAGGACUACCUCCAGUUCCUGGUUCAGCUCCUUCUAGUUUAUUACCAAGAAGGAACCCCUUUGAUAUUCCUUUUGAGUCAAGUGAAGAGAAGUCAAAUAUAAUGGGAGAUGGAUUUCAAGAGGAGUUUACAACAUCGCAAUCAAGAGAAUCAUUCUUUAGAAGACAUGAGAGUUUUAAUGUAGGACCUGCAGUUUUUGCACAAAACAAACAAGAGAAGCAAGAAUUCAGAUUGAGGCCCUACUUUGUUCCAGUACAGAUGAUUCCAGAAGAAUCAAGCUAUUCAUCAUUUCUACGCCAAUCAAGUGAACUGAGUGACUCCAAAGCGAGUUCUAUUUCUGAAACAGAAUCAGUUGGUUCGGUCGAGGAGCUGGAAGAGCAGAAGCCUGCAGAAGAUAAUCCUCGAGAGAUAGAGGUGAUUUCGAGGACUGAAGAAGUCAUUCUAAAGCAGUCAUCGGUUGGUCAAGAGCUUGUUUCCAAGACGGGAGCCUCUGAAGAAGAUGUACCUCAGGAACCAAAGCUGAUCUCUGAGAUAAAGCAUGUCUCCGAGCAGAUUGGACAUGGAAGCCAAUCUUCAGAAGAAGAAUCGUUGAUCGAUAAGAGGUACAGUACAAGUUCAAGAUCGUCAUCAUUUUCAGAAGUGAGUGAAAGGGUCUUCACAGAGACAAAAGGUGAAACUGAAGGCGUAGGAGCGCUGGACAUCUUAAGACAAAAUUCAGUGGGAAGCACUGAUCUGAGUGCUACCAGUCCCCUGGUUGAUGAAGUCCCUCAGAAGGAGCCUGUUUAUGAUACAAGCCCCCCCGCAAUCAGGAAGAGCUUCUCAUUCGCCUCUAGCUCUUUUGAUCUGCAUGCAGAGUCUGAUCCGAGUUUUGCACCCGUGGUGGUCAAACGGACAGUAACAUUUGUCGAGAGAGAUCCUGAUGUGAUUGGUCAGGAAAAAGAGAAGGAGAUCAUGACGUUGCCAGAACUGUUGAAGCUUCAUCUAGCAGGUGACCUUGACUCUGGACGAGUAGAUAAUGAUGGACAAAAUGAUAAUACAAGCUCUGAUGUCUCAGGAGCUGAUCAGAGAUGCGAAAGUCAAGGUGUUCCAGCAGUGCCCUACAAAUCAUGUGUUAAAGCUCCGCUAGAGGAAAAACAUAUGGAUCAACGUACAGGGGAUCAAGGUCCCAGUUCUAGUUCUUCUGGUGAUAAAAGUCUAGGUGAAUCAGAGCAGGAAAAACAUUUACAAAUUUCCAAAACAGAGUCUCUCCUUACUGUAACAGUACUACCAUUUAAGGGUCGACGAGAAGAGGAACGUUUCAUUGACAAGAAAGAAACCGUUGUAUCAUCAAAUUCUCAUGCUGAAGUUUUCCAUGAAGCAAAUGAGAGGUUAAUGUCUACACCUUCGGCUGGAGCAAACACACCUACCUUUUAUGAUGCAGGGAUGCAUGAGCCGAACUUUGAACAUGUCGAAGAAGUGCAGGUGCCAAACACUCCGGUUGAUUCAUGUGAGAGGAUGCGACAUGUGGAUUUGAACAUACAAGAGAUCUAUGAGCUUGACAGUGAUCGAUCACCAAAUAUCAAUUCUCCAUUUACUCCUGACUAUAGUUCCAUGCCAUCCACUGCUUCUGAGGAAGCUACCAAGGAAAUUGAUGAAGGACUGUUGUCAGACUUAGAAAAUGCUGGGGAUGUUCAUGUCAUAGAACGGGGAUCCGGAUCAAAUGAGUUCAAAGAAAUUCCCAAGAAAGCUGAAUCAACAUCUGGGGGAACUGAAGUCAUGGUGCAAAGUGCUAAGGCUUCUGAUCACUGUCAGGUUGAUAGGGCUGCAGCUUCUGGAAUGCCUAAAGUUGAAGAUAUCAAUGUGGUACAUAAACAGUUUGGUGAUAAGGAGAUUGAAAAGCCCGUUCUUUUGGUUCAACACCGAACUGAACCGGUAACUGGUGAGACCAUAGCUGAGCAUUUUGAGAGUCGUAAACUGUACAUAAAGACAAGUAGAAAGGACUCUGCUCAUGAGCCAACAAUUCUUGAAGCGAGAGACGCUAAUUUGGGAAAUAAGAAAGUUAAUGAUGGCAGCGUAGGGAGUCGCGAAUUUCCUGAUCCAGUAAAUGACUUUCUGCGUGUGGUUGAUUCAGGAGAAACUCAAGGAACUUCUGAAGUGCAUGUUGCUAAAACCACUGCUUCAGAAAGUACAAGUUUGCCUCCAAUGAAAGCUGUAGAUGGUAACUUGGAGAAAGAGCCGAAGCCAAAAACCAGUGAUGGAUCAGUGGAAGUGAAGGAGGAAAAACCUGGUUCAUCUGUGGGCAAGGAGACAAGUGUAGAAGGAAUUGGCAGCAAUGUUGGAUCAACAAAAGUCAACGCAGAAACACCAAAGGGGACAAGUAGAAAAGAAAUAAGCAGCGAUACCAGAUCAGUAGAAGUCGAGACAGAAAAACUGAAACAAGCAAGUGUAGGAGAAAACAGCGGUAAUGAUGGAUCUGCACAAGUCAAGGUAGAAAAAGAAAAGGGGCUAAGUCCAAAUGGAAACAGUGGCAAUGAUGGAUCAGCAGAAGUCAAGGCAGAACAGGCAGGUUCUUCUGUGGGCAAGGAGGCAAGUGCAAAAGAAAUAAAUGGCAGUGUUGGAUCAGUAGAGGUCAAGGUAGAAAGAAUGAAGGAGCUGAGUGCAGAAGAAAUCAGCAGCGAUGCUGGAUCAACAGAAGUAGAGGCAGAAAAGGAGUCAGGUUUAGAAGAAAUCAGCAGUAGUGCUGGAUUAGUAGAAACAAAGACAGAACAACUACAGGCAAGUGCAAAAGAAAGCAGCAGCACUGAUGGAUCAGUAUAUGUUAAGGUUGAAAAACCAACGGAGGCAAGUGUGAAAGAAACUAGCAGCAGUGGUGGAUCGAUAGACGCUGAGGCAGAAAAAACAGGCUCGUAUAUGGACAAGGAGACAAGUGGAAAAGAACUCAGCAGCAACAACAAUGGAUUGGCAGAAGUUAAGGAAGAGAAAGUUUCAUUUAUGGGCAAGGAGCCAAGUGUAAGAGAUACAAGCAGCCCUGAUGGAUCAGUAAGGGUGGAGGCACAAAAAAUAGGUUCGUCGUUGGCAAGUUUAAAAGAAAUCAGCAUCAUUGCUACUGAAAAGAGGGACCAUAGAUUCAGAGCACCAUCAGACUUGUGAACAACUACAUCUGAUGAAGGAAAAAGGUAAAUUUCUAAAAAGAAUUCCAAUUCCGAAUCGAGUUCAUUCAGUUCUGUAAGCAGAUUUAUGUUAGUUGCUUUAGUUAACUGGCAAGAUGGUCGCUGUAGUAUAUGCACAGACGUUAUAUUCGUUAAAUAGUGCUUCGACAUUGGGGUAAAAAGGUUCUUGUCAUCAACCGAUGAAAUUGUGUACUGUAUUUUUGGGUGUACAACGUCAGUUUGAGCGAAGUUUUUAUGAAUAUGGAGUAAAUUCCAUCUCUGUUACGAGCAUCUUUCUAGCUGAAAAAUUUCCUUCUUCCUGAACAUGAAAAAUUUCCUUCUUCCUGAACAUGAAAAUUUGGGGAGGACUUCUAUUCCUUUAUUCAAACAGCAGACUUAUGAAUAUGUCAAUAGUUUACCUUAUCUUCAGAUUUCUGGCAGCAGGAAGUGAUUUUAUGAUCUGCUAUGCCUGUUGUGCGUGAAAAGGAUUUCUAGGCAAAUUCAGCAUUUACUACUACCUAAGCUGGCUCCAGAUUAUGACCUAAUUUCAUAGGCAGAUUGCUAAAAGUGACUUACUGUAAGAAUUCCCAAUUUUCCUCAAGAGAAUAGAUGAUGUCCAGAACAGAAAUUGGAACUGAAAGGUGGAAAUGUUUUUGUAAUUUUCUCUUUAUUUUGUCACGUUCUUUUCGCCUUCCAAAUCCUAUAUUUGCAACAUUUGGCCCAUAAGACUCUGAUACAACAUAAAGUACAGUUCCAACUAAUGGCAGUAUGAAAAUUUUACAGGAUUUUUCAUUGUUGCUCAUAAAAUACCUUCAUCUAGACUGGCAACUACAAAAGCUUAUGAUACUAGGCAUCAUAUUGCAUACACACACCAACUUGAACAUAUUUUUUCAAAGAAGAAGCAUGACUUGGGAGAACAAGGAGUAGCAGCAAAGUUCUGCUUCUUCAACAAUUUUUCUAUGAGCAGUUUGUGUCAUAA